UUUAGACCGAACCGUUCAUGUGAUUGAUCCGAUUCAAGUUCUCAAUCGACCGAAGAGACGAAAUUACCAAUGGAUCUUUCCAAUCAAAACCCGUCUUAGCAAAAUUUCUCGUUUUUUUUAAAAGAAAUUCCUUGGAAUAUCGGGCCAAAAAUGUCAAMAAAAAUCUUCCUUGCCAAAAUUGGGUUAGCAGUUUUUAUGAUUUUAUUUUUGGUGAAGUGGAUAAAAAAAUUUGACGGUUGUAAUCCAAUGACAAAAUGUGUUGGGCGUACUACUGGUAACGAUGAAAUAGGAAGUGAGAAAAUCAAAAAGUCGUUGCAAAGCUCAGGACUUCAAAGUGUCAUUCAAGAUGUCGACGGAAGAAAUAAUGCGAUGGAGAAUAAGGAUAUACCUUCGUUAAACUAUAACAACAAGAGUAUAUCAAGUAUUUUAUCCAGUCUUCGAACUCCUCAUGAAAUACAAAGCGAGGUACUCCGAGAUAUAAGUAGAAACGGAAAAACUCAAAGAGACUCCACUAAAGAUGUACUUGGCUCAAAGGGAAAUCAUGUAAACAUAUCUGAUAAAUUAACAUUACCUAGAACUACGCCAAGCUCUGGGUUUCAAUAUAUUCUUCAAAACAAAGACAUGCGAAAGAAUUCCAAAAAGAAUAUUCCUCCUUUAAAGAAAAAAGRAAAACAAAAAACAAAUGUUAAACAUAUCUUCAGGAAAAGCGGGACGAAGAAACCAAGUGAUGAUGGUUCCAAGAGGGUUCAAUUUGAACCAAAAGAAGGUGACAUGGACGAAGAUUCUUUACAGAAAUAUAUAGAAAGAGAUGAUGAGGAUGAUAGUGAAGAUGACAGUGAGGAUGAGGAAGAAGAUGACAUUACAAUCUAUGGUCCAAAACGAAAUUCGGACUGUCCUAGAAAUCAUGAUCGAUAUAUUCUACGAGAUCUUUUAUCCUUCUGGGACCAAAAAGCGAAGAAACAUGGUAUUUUAUAUUUCCUAACUUACGGGUCGUUGAUUGGUUACCAUAGAAACGGUGACGUUUUGCCUUGGGAUACAGACGUUGACGUUUUUGUCGAAGCGCAGAGCUAUAGACAAAUUAGGGACAUAGCUGUGCCAAGAAAUUUUAAGUUUUCCAAGCAUGAUAAAAAAACCCGGAUCGUUGUUCAAACCGAUGUCACAUUCCCGAGCGAGAAUAGGACCCGAGUAUCGUGUGAUGGUCGCGUUGUCGCACGAAACAUCGAUGACUGUUCUUUUCAGGACCCAAUGGCAAGACUCAUACGAGGCAACAGGCACGUGGAUGUUUUUGGAGUUUAUCGUCGGAACGCUACGUUCUUUUACGAGCCUACCUUGAAGCAUUCUUUCCAAGCAUCUGAAUUUUACCCAACAAAGCCGUGUGUCUUCAUGGGAAUCAAAACAAACUGCCCAUCAAAUGUUCCAGCGGUGCUGAAAAGAAUGUAUGGCGCAGAUUUUAAUGUUCCAGCAAAAAUUUGUUUAGAUGGAAAAUGGGAAGAUAGAGUGAAAUAGAACGACUGUUCCACAGUAAAAGAUGAUUUUUUWAUGCACACAUUGUGUAUCUUAUCAGGAGUUCCUCAGGGUUCCCUUCUUGGGCCGGUUUUUUUUUCUCGUUUUCUUAACGAUAUGUCUAGUUACAACAGGAAAUAAAUUGGUUGUCUAGUUACAACAGAAGCAGCAUGACAGGAAACACAACAAUUUCCCCCUUUUCUCCUUGAAAACUGAAUUACUUCUCAUGUAAAUUAGACCUAAUUCAAUUAGUCCUGCCUCCUGUCAAGGCUGCCUAACGUGACACUGCAAAGCCUCUAUUAAUUUUUGGCUUGAAUAUCUGAACUUACUCUUCUUUUUCAAAUGUAUAUGCCAUUAGCAUCAAUUAAUGCAUUUUUUUCUCUUUUAUAUUAAAAUGGCGUGCCGAAUGAUUUCCUGGGAUGCUGGAUCUAUUUCUUUUUGUUUCGUUUUGUUUUUAAAAAAAGUUUUAAAAGUCUUUCUAUUUUUCUAGAUUACGUUGUUAGUUUAAACUCUUUCUUUUUUCACAGCAAUACUUUAUUUUUGCACUUGUUGUAUUUAUUUAUUUAUUUAUUUACUUUGAGGGUUGGUUAGCAUAUUUUUUCAUGGGUUGGGUUUGGGUGAUACACCUCGUACGGGACUUAAUCUUCUAUUGUGUUAUCACUUGCCUUUGAAAAAUUGUUUAAAUAAAUAAAAUGAAUGUUUAGAAUGA